AUGUCUCGACCUCAACUUCUUCCUACAUUGAGCCGCUCCCCUCGCCAGAAGCCUCGCUACUCCGUUCGACCUUUCUACUGGGCCCUCUUCGUUUUCACAGGCCUCGCCUUCUUGAGUUGGUCCUUGGGAAACCUCAAACAUGCCGGGGAGAGUUGCCGACUGGUUCGAAAUGCCAAAGACCAAUGCGCCUUUGUCCGUACCAACUGCCUUGACGGCGAAGAUGGCCUGUUUUCUUAUCUUCAGUUCUACUACUGCAGCUUGGCCGAUGCCAAGCCCGUCGCAUUCGUCAUCUUGAUCCUAUGGCUAUCGUUGCUCUUCAGCACUAUUGGUAUUGCUGCCAGCGAUUUUCUCUGUAUCGAUCUCAGUACCUUGGCGAGUAUCUUGGGCCUCAGCGAAAGCUUGACUGGAGUUACGUUUCUUGCGUUCGGCAAUGGAAGUCCCGAUGUCUUUUCCACGUUUGCUGCCAUGAGAUCAAACAGCGGCAACCUGGCCAUCGGAGAGCUGAUUGGAGCUGCCAGUUUCAUCACCUCUGUGGUAGCUGGGUCUAUGGCACUGGUCCGCCCUUUUAAAGUCGCGCGCAGGAGCUUUGUGCGUGAUGUCGGGUACUUCAUCGUGGCGGUCAGUUUCAGUAUGCUACUUCUGGCUGACGGCCACCUCCACAUAUGGGAGGCGGCCACCAUGGUCGGCCUGUACUGCUUCUACGUUGUGCUGGUUGUGACGUGGCACUGGUACAUCGUGCGACGGCGUCGAGUCUACGAGCGGACCAUUGCCGCUCGGUCGCAUUUCCACAUCCCAGAAAACCAGGAGUUGGAGAUCGAGGAAGAGGAGGAGGAUGAACCUCAAGUGGCCCCGGAGUCCACCGACCUUCUUUCGCGCGUAUCCACCCACGACUUUGACAUGUUGGAAAGGGCUAGUUUCCCGUCCUGGAAAGAUGCCGACGAAGUCCGGGAGGAAGAUGACGAAACUCGCAACCGGUACUUGGCUGAAAUCCGAGACAACAUGCAUGUCUACCGCCCUUCAGCGACCAGACGCAAUACUCUUAACCCAAUCAGACCGAGUCUUGUCGGUGCUCUCGAGUUUCAGUCUGUGCUAUCAUCUCUUCAGCGAUCCCGCAACGUCCAUCAAAACGUGCCUAUCAACCUAGAAAGAUACUCCGACAACGCAGAUUCAGAGCGUGACAAUAUCUCUAUCGCGUCUCAUCCAUCAUCGCGGAGACCGACGGCUUCUGACCGCCUAUCCCCUCUUAGUGGUACAGGUUCUCGGACUCGAGCCGUGUCUGCCAACGAUGCGGCAGGCUUAAAGUUGGACACCAGUGUGUAUGACUCUGGUGCCACCCGCCCCCAUGUCAUGGUUACUCGACCUUCUGCCGAAGGCCGGGAUGCAGUUACAUCACCUGCAGCUCAGAGUACACAUCCAGGGUUAUCACCAUCGUCAUCUACAAACGCAUCUCGCAGCCCUAGCCCCGAGAAUACCACUGCUCCUCAAACCCCCACUUUGCUCGCACCCCCGAAUACUUUCCAUUCCCCCAACUACCAGGCCGAAACACCUUCAUCGCGAUCACCCCUUGACGUGUCCCCUCGGGGCACAACGUAUGCCGAGACUGCCCAACUGGAGAGUCCGUCUAGUCCGUUCCCUCCGUUCCUGGAUGUCCCAGGAGCUACGUCUUCGCGACCGCCAAGUAUUCACUUACCUCCAGCACCUAGCCCGAGCGAGCUACUGCAUAUUCAUGACAGUGUUCUUGAUGACCGAAGCAUCCAGUCUACGAUACGGAGGAGCCGAUGGGGCUCUUUUCCGCUAUCGUUCAUCAAGACCAUUAUCCCAACGCUUUUCCCAACCUUGGAUGAUUGGAAAGGGAAAGGCUUCUGGGAGAAAUUGUUAGGCCUCGUUGCCGCCCCCAGCGUAUUUCUCUUGACGAUCACUGUCCAUGUCGUCGAGCCUAUGCAGCAAGAACCUGCCUCGGACCCGAUCAAGGUCGUCAUUACCUCUGCAGAUGAAGGCAAUCCAAGUGCGCCUCCCGUACGACUUCCAGAGGAUAGCCCUCUGCUCUCCGCCAUGGACCGUCGGGCUUCCGUCGACCAGACAUCGGAUCAAAACAGGAAGAGUCAAUCCAUGCCCGGCCGUCGACGGUGGGACUCGGAACUGCCAGCCGUGCAGCCGGCGGCGGAGACCACCUCGAGUCCACCCAGAGAAUGUGCGCGGUGGCUAGUCAUCUUGCAAUUCUUCACGGGACCCUUCUUCGCCGCUCUGAUCUUCUGGACGACCAUCGACGAGGACCUGCAGGCCCGCAACCUCCUCCUGCCAUCCCUGUGCGCGCUUCUCUUUUCCCUGGUAUGCCUCGGCGCGUUCAUCAUCAGCACGCGACGUGGCGACUGCGCGCAACUCCCCAGCUCGUGGCGCCCCUUUCUCGCCUUCGUCGGCUUCAUCGUCGCCAUUUGCUGGAUCGCAACCAUCGCCACCGAGGUCGUCAACCUCCUCAAGACCCUCGGCGUCAUCCUCAACAUCAGCGACUCCCUCCUGGGCCUGACCGUGUUUGCCGUGGGCAAUUCCCUCGGCGACCUGGUCGCCGACAUCACCGUCGCCCGCCUGGGAUACCCGGUUAUGGCGCUCAGCGCGUGUUUCGGCGGCCCCAUGCUGAACAUCCUGCUCGGCAUCGGUCUCGGCGGCCUGUACAUGACCAUGAACGCCAAACCCGAGACCAUCAUCGCCAACGGCGGCAGCUAUCAGAUCGCCAUCUCCAAGGUCCUGGUCAUCAGCGGCGCAACGCUCUUGACCACCCUGGUCGGCUUGUUGAUCGUGGUCCCGUUGAAUCGAUGGAGGAUGGAUCGGCGGAUCGGCUGGGGUCUUGUCAUUCUAUGGAUUGUUAGCACGCUGGCUAACGUCAUCGCUGAGCUGGUGACUUGA